AUGUCUAGUUUUGUCAAAUCAAUCUCUAGUACUGAAAUCAAAAGAGAGUCAAAAUCAUUCGAAGCAGUUCAACAAGCAGUGUUAAUUGCUUUACUAAAUUAUUUAGGUUAUUCAAUAGAAAUCAAACAUCCAGAACGUCUUGCUGCUAAAACAGUACAAUUUUUAAUAGUGACAGAAUUGUUUUAUGAAGGUAAAUCACUUAAUUUUGGUGAAGAAAUAGAAGAAAUUUGUUCUAAACGAUAUGAAGGAGAAAGAAGUGCUGCUCCAAACAUUAAGAAAAUUCGUCAAACACGUAGACAUAAAGAUAUAAAUCGUGCUGCACUAACAUUCAACAGAUUAUUAAAACUUGUUGAAGAACAUGGUUACAAGGUAAAAAGAAGAUAUACUAAAUCAUCAUUUAAAACAUUGAGAAUGGAAAAGAUUACUGACAUUUUAUUGAAUGAAAAAAUCAUUAUUGAUACAGUACAAAUAAAUAAUAUUGGAAGAGCUGUUAAUAGUGUUAUUACUAAAACAUUUAAAAAAGGUCCAUAUAAAACUACAAUGAUUGAAGUAAGAAAUGAAGUUCUAAUGAGUAUAUUACAACAAAUUCCAUAUUUUAAAAAUACAGUUCCAUUAAAAGAAAAUCAAAAAUUAGGUAUUCCUGAAACUAUUUCAUUUAAUCCUAUUGAUUUACCAUUACAAAAUCCAUAUACUACAAAAUAUAUACCAGAUGAUGAUUUUAAUGACUACCCAAAAAUUCCAUCUUCUAGUAUUUCAAUGGAAAUAAAUCCACCAAUGAUAGAUAGAAUUUAUGAUAUUACAAGUGAAAGAAUGAAAGAGCUAGAUUCACAUUCUAUUUCUAAUCAAGUUCAAUCAAAUAACCAACCUCAAAUUUCAACACUUAUUGAUAAUAGUGAUAAGUCUAUUGAAAGUAAAUAUCAAGGAAAUAUGACUGAAACAAUGAAACAAGGAAGAAGUUCUCCAAUUUAUAAACUUAUGUUUAAGCCUGUUGAAGAUGAUAGUUAUUUCCAACAACCAAUCACACUACCACAACGGUUCCAAUCAAUUUCUAAAUUUCAACAUCCAUAUAUACAACCGAAUGUUUAUAUUUAA